AUGGCAGCGACCGCCAGCACUGAGUUCCUUCUGUGCCUCUCCUUUCUGCACCUGCUGUCCGGCUGGUCCGGCCCAGGGCGGGCCGAUACAAACACUGUCUGCUAUGACUUCAUCAUCACUCCUAAGUUCAGACCUGAACCACAGUGGUGUGAAGUUCAAGGCCUGGUGGAUGAAAGGCCUUUUCUUCACUAUGACUGUGUUAACCACAAGGCCAAAGCCUCUGCUUCUCUGGGGAAGAAAGUCAAUGUCACAAAAACCUGGGAAGAACAGACUGAAACCUUAAGAGACGUGGUGGAUUUCCUCAAAGGGCAACUGCCUGACAUUCAAGCGGAGAAUUUAAUACCCAUUGAGCCCCUCAUUCUGCAGGCCCGGAUGUCUUGUGAGCACGAAGCCCAUGGACACGGCAGAGGAUCUUGGCAGUUCCUCUUCAAUGGACAGACGUUCCUCCUCUUUGACUCAAACAACAGAAAGUGGACAGCACUUCAUCCUGGAGCCAAGAAGGUGAAAGAGAAGUGGGAGAAGAACAGGGAUGUGACCAUGUUCUUCCAGAAGAUUUCAAUGGGGGACUGUAAGACAUGGCUUGAAGAAUUUUUGAUGUACUGGGAACAAAUGCUGGAUCCAACAAAACCACCCUGUCUGGCCCAAGGUACAACCCACCCCAAAGCCAUGGCCACCACCCUCAUUCCCUGGAGCCACCUCAUCAUCCUACUCUCCUUCAUUCUAGCUGGCUGCUGUGGAUAG